AUGACUCAUAACGAGUACAAUCAACGCAUGCCGCCGCAACCAUCUCGAGGCCAAUAUCAAGGACAACCACAACUGAACGAUUGGUCAAAUGAUAGUGGACAGUACUACGAGGCUGGCUAUCAGCAAGAAGGACAGAGCUAUGGAGACUGGGACUAUUCUCAACCAGCAGGCGACCAAUAUGAACAAUACGCCCGUCGCAAUCAACACGGAGAGGAUGCAUAUCUUCAACCACAGCAAGGCUAUAGUCAAACAUAUGGCCAGCCCUACGAUCAGCCGCAGUCGCACCAACAAUACCAAUAUGAUCCUCGUUACAGAAGUCAAGGUCAACCUUUAAAUGGUCAAACGGAACGGCGGCAGGAUACAAGAGAACGGCAAGGCAAAGAGAAACAACGACCGCCGCAGAUGGAUCUGAAAGCUAAAUCUAAGUCUCGAGAACGAAUCCUGCCAGCAACGGUUUCUCCAGUAGUUGUUGCGUGGGACAACCCGUUUCCUGUCUUCAACCCCAAGAAGAAGGAUGACAAGAAGAAGCACUCCAGCUUGGACAAGGAUAUGUCAAAGAUGAAGAUGACAGAUCAACUUGACACCCGGCCCCAAACUUCACAAAGUCACAGAAAGGGUGAUAACCCUAGACCUCAUACUUCCCAAGGUCAUCGAAGACCAGAACCACAGCUUAACAGUCCUGGUUUCUCUUCACCUCAUGCGAUGUCUCCUAUCGAUCGAUCUGCAGAGCUACGAAAUAUUGCAACAUCGAACCAGAGAAACUUCAGUGAAGGCCAGAGGCCAGUCAGACCCCCUCUCAACCCUCUGGGGUCGGAUCGAUCAAUUGCAAGCUUUCAAGGAGAGCCUGCUCCUAGAUUGCAACAAUCACAACGAAGCAUGACUUUGCCAGAUAAUGCCGCUGGAGGAAUGACCGGAAGGAAAUUGCAGAGGAAUCCACUUUCCCAAAAUAGUAGGAAGCUCUCGGGCAACAAAAGUGGCCCACCGGAACCGUACAAUUACGUGCCAGCUCCAAUCAGUCCAGUCCCAGGUCCAGCUAUCACUCAACAGCCUAGAGAGAAUUCAAUGAGUUCUGCCCGGAAUGCCUUGACCUCUCCUGAGAUGCCAAACUUCGACGCUAUCUCACCAUCUGCAAACGAGAGAACCGAGGAUCCUUUGCAUGUGCAGACCGAAAAUACAAAGCCAGCCUAUCAAAAGGCCACAUAUCAAGCUCCAGUCAGUGGUGCGGGAUUGCCCAGAAGUCAGUCUCAACCUGACUUUCAACUUGAUCAAGGAGAUCGACCAAGCUUUGCGGGGUUUACCUUUGACCUGCCAACGGAUAGUCGCAACACUCAAUACACGAACCAGCAACAAUUCCAGGCUAGCUACAAGCAAGCGUCAUCGCAAUCUUACAAGGCACCUAGUCCGAUGGCCGGGCCCUAUUCUGCACCCCAAAGCCGACUUAUAGAUGAUCAGCAUCCUAACAAACAAGGCUACGAGCAAACCCAAUCAGUAAGCAACGCAGAAAGGUACGGUGGUGCUAUCACACAACAAGCUCAAUAUCGUAGCACUAGUGAUACGCAGCAGUACCCAUCCAGAAGUCAAAGUCGUUCCGCCAAUCGUGAUCCAGCUUACGAUUAUGGCAUGGAAGAGUACAAAGGUGGUUCUAGUCCUCAACGAGGCUAUCCAGGCGAAGUACCAGGCAGAUUCAAUCAGCGACCUUCACAAGAUACACAACAGUUCUAUCGAGAACAAAGGCAGUACCCAGCGCAGAUAGACACCCGCCAGGACCCCUUCAACGCGUUGCAACAGCAAAGAAGUCAGUCUCCGAAUUCUGCUCAUCCGCCUCCAUCGAGGCAGUACGACACAAGAAAAAACUCGGCUUCAACUAACCCUGAUGCGCUGCCUGCUCAUCCCGUACCCGUCCGCCCAGGCUUAUUGCAGGAAGCUUCAGUUGCUUCGCCUGCUACAAUCCAAGGGCAUCCCAACCCCUAUCUGCCACCACCAAAGAAUUCAGAUACGAUGGCGACAACAUUGCAAGAAGAAAAGCCACCAGCAGUGACUGCAUAUGAUUUGAACCUCCUGCUACAAACCAUCAAGAACAACCCAAAUGACCACAAGGCAGCCCUGACUCUGGCUAAAAAGUUAGUCGAAGCCGCCUCCACAAUAUCAAACGAGGGAGGGAAAGCAGACGCCAAGACGGCGCAAAAGAAUAAAGAGAGAUAUAUCUUUGACGCUCAUAAAUACCUGAAAAAAUUAGUGCACCAGGGAUACCCGGAUGCUAUGUUUUAUCUUGCGGAAUGCUACGGGCAAGGGUCGCUAGGACUGCAGGUGGACCCCAAAGAAGCCUUUCGUCUCUAUACGUCUGCCGCAAAAGCGGGUCAUGCUCAGGCAGCUUAUAGAGUUGCUGUCUGCUGCGAGAUGGGCAAUGAAGAGGGCGGAGGGACGCGAAGAGACCCGAUCAAAGCGAUGCACUGGUACAAACGGGCGGCAUCGAUGGGGGACACGCCUGCGACGUACAAAUUUGGCAUUAUUCUCUUGAAGGGCUUGCUCGGACAGCCGAGGAAUCCGAGAGAAGCAGUUUCUUGGCUCGAGCGCGCAGCGAAGCAGGCGGACAAGGAGAAUCCGCAUGCACUGCAUGAACUGGGGCUGUUGUAUGAGAAUGCCUCGCCAAGCGAUUCGAUUGUCAAGGAUGAGAAUUAUGCCCGACAGCUGUUCACGCAAGCUGCGGAAUUAGGAUACAAGUUUUCACAAUUUCGACUUGGCUCGGCCUACGAAUAUGGUAUGUUAGGAUGUCAGAUCGACCCUCGGCAGAGUAUUGGGUGGUAUACGAGAGCUGCGGCACAGGGAGAGCACCAAUCUGAACUGGCGUUGAGUGGGUGGUAUCUCACUGGCUCUGAAGGCAUCCUACAGCAAAGCGAUACCGAGGCCUACCUUUGGGCAAGAAAGGCAGCGAAUUCGAGAUUAGCGAAGGCGGAAUAUGCGAUGGGUUAUUUCACCGAGGUUGGCAUAGGCUGUACUGCUAACCUGGACGAGGCUAAAAAGUGGUACUGGAGGGCUGCUUCACAAAACUUUCCUAAAGCUCGACAGCGCCUAGAAGAUUUGAAGAGAGGCGGCGCGAAGAUGAAGAGAUCGGAGAAAGGACAGCGCCAGAGGAAGAGUGCGGGUGGAGCUUUGUCGCUCAACACGCAGAAAGUGAACAGGAAGAUGCCAUCCAGUAAAGGCACCCCAACAGAUCCUGAGCUAAGGGAGGAGGUCAAGGAGGAAGUCAAGGCCGAGGAGAAAGGCGGAGGCGCAGGCUCCUGGUCAGCAUGGAAAGCCGGCGAGAUGGCCCGCCGCUAUGAGGCCAGGGGUGGAGACUACGAGGACACCGGAGACAACAAAAACAAGGCACAGAAGGGUGCUCCGGAGAAGAAAUGA